AAGAGAAUGGAAGAGGCAAAAAAGUUUAUCUAAUGAUAAUGAUACGCAAGGAUGGAGGGUUGGGAGAGAGGAUCGUGAAAGAUGGGUGACUUAAAGGGUCUAUGGAUGUAGGCUGCUAUACACAUCAAUAUUAUCCUUUUAACAUUGACGUAUGGAUCACAGACCUGGACGUUGAAUGGCAUACAACAACCAAUAAUUGUUGGGGAAAGGAGUUAUGUAGGGGGCGCGUGGAGUGGUGAGAUGGAAAGGUGCGAGCAAUGGAAGGGUGUGUGAGAUGAAGCAUGGUUGAUUGCACAAUGGAGUGAUAGUAUGCGGUGGAAGAGAUUGCACUGAAAUAGUGUACUGAGUGAAAACCUAAAUAGGAAAGGAAGGCAAGUUGAAAAAUCAAAGAAUAAGGUAAAACAGUACGUGUGUGAAGGAGCUGCUAGACUGGGAUAGAGGGAGGGCGCCUGAACGUUUGGGCGCUUAUCCUCUGGCCACCGCUGGAACGAGCGAAGGGUUAGAUUGUAGUGUGUGUGUGUGUUAGCCUUUGGUCAGUUUUCCUUGCAUAUAAGGAAGUUAAUGCUGCCCAUAUGGUAUUAUUGUGAUGAUGUAGUCUCAAAGAACAGCGAAAAAGGGAUGUGGAAUUUAAAAGUAAUUGUGUACCCGAGUCACGGAAAAGAAAAAGAAACGAGAUUGUGUGGCAGGAGGGAGAGGGGGAGGAGGUGCUGGUGUGCAUGACUACCAGCGCAAACACUUCACUCCCCUGACCACCGUCCACCACCAAGCACCGCACCUCGCAGGCUGAGCUAGACGUUGUGCAAUCCCUGACAGCAGCGAUGGAAAUGAAGGAAAGGCACCGCAGAGGCUCGGUUAGUGGUGGUGGUGGUGCUGGCGGCGCGGGUUUCCUGGAGGGAGAGGAGGCGCCGCUUCUUCCUGGAGGCUUGCGAAAUCGACGGAGGCGCGACUCCCAGCCCCGCUAUGAACCCACUGACUGGGAUGACUCGCUUCCCUACGGCGGAAAGGUGUACUUGGCGCGCCGCAAACUCCCCGACUCCCGGCUUUGUGUGGCCCUGCAGGUGGCGGUGGUGGCGGCGUCGCUGGGGACGCUGUACUACGCUUGGUUCCACUCAGACCACAUGCACUUCCACCUGGUGAAGGCCUACGCGCACCUGGGCCACAGGGAAGCACAGGCCACGGUGGGACAUAAGCUGCUGCACGCAGGCAAGGGCGUCGAGCAGAACCACACAGCAGCCAUGGAGUGGUUCUCUAAGGCUGCUGAGCAGGGCCACCCGCAGGCUUCCUACAACCUGGCCGUGGGCCAUCUGCAGGGCCACACCACGCAGCUCAAGCCGGGCGAGGCACACAAGCUUAUCCGCCACGCAGCCUCCCACGGGGUACCAGAGGCCGAGGAGGUAAUGAAGAGAGUCUGCUCCAAGGGACACUGUGAUGAGUAGUAAGGUUAGAUGAGUUAACCUUUUGCACGCGCCCGUUUUCUUUUGGCAAUGAUUGGAGGUGGUGGUGGUGGUGUAUUGUUAUGUAGUCUGU